ACUCCCUCCCCCGAUAUUUUGUUUUUAGACACAAAAUAUUCCAGUGAUUAGAACCUAGUAAUGAUACAGGCACAUGAGCUCCGUAACUAAUUCUGAUCUUGAUUAAAUAUAUUCGGUUGUGCUUCAUCUGAAUGCUACAAAUGAAUCCAGCACCAAGCAAAUACUUUCGGAGCUCCAUCAUAUUGACAUCAGCUAAGAUUGAACAAUGCUCGAAAUACUUAUCAACCUAUUGGUGGAGUACAAGGCAGUUAUCGUGGUAUGCCUUCUUCCCUUUGCAUGUUGGAAGUAUUACCAGGCCUUUUCGCCAAAGUUGCGAAAACUCGACGUUCCUUCCAUCGAUGGCGUUCCUUCCCUAUACGGCACGGAGUUUUGUACCUCGAUUUUUGAAGGGACUCGCAAGGUAAAUACUUAAUCACAUUGUUAAAGUAGAAAGGGGAUUAAUAGUAUGUAGUUUCCAGAUCAAGUCUUUAAGCUCAACACCUCCAACUAUGAAACCGUUAUAAUUCCAGCACGAUUUAUUGAUGAGCUUAAGUCUGCCCCCGAAAGCGCCAUCAGCUUAGGAAUGGAGCUCUACGAGCGGCAACUGGGUCGUUAUACGCUAAUUGGCACAGUGGGGCGUGAUCAUCGCUUCGUGAAUGCCAUUCGGCAGGAUCUAAACCGGAAUUUAGCAGCUACGCUUCCAUCUUUGCUUGCGGAGGUCGAGUAUGCAACACAAGCGAGCGUGGGGCCAGUGCACGCUUGGAAGCCUGUGCCAAUAUACUCCACAUCGUUGCGAAUAGUAGCAUUGCUCACAGGGCGUGUCUUUGUGGGGCUUCCAUUAUCGCGCAGUGAAGCAUGGGUGAAAACCAGUGUGGAGCUGACAGUAGAUACAUUUGUCGCAGCCUUCGCGCUAUGGAAGAUUCACUGGACGCUGAGGCCUGUCGUGGCAUGGCUAAUGCCACAGAUCUGGAGAAUCCACCGGCGUAAUCGUCAUGCUGGGGCUUUGUUAAAACCCUAUCUGGAGCAGAGGCUGCAAAACAUGCAGAAUCAGGAUUUCAAAAAGCCGGUAGACAUGCUGCAGUUCUUUGUUGACAACAUGCCCAAUCAUGAUCCGCAUUAUCAAGCCAUGUUGCAGUCUGCAAUAAAUGUUGCGGCAAUCCAUACUACGAGCAUGAAUGUCACAAACACACUGUAUGACCUUGCAGCCCGUCCGGAAUAUGUAAAGCCGCUAAGGGAGGAGCUAGAUUCAGUGCUGAGUAAAUGCGAUGGCAUUUUAGACAAGAACGCCCUAGUCAAGAUGCGGAAGAUGGACAGCUUCUUGCGCGAGAGCCAACGUAUCAACCCGCCCGGCGUGGUCAGCAUGAGCCGCAAGGUCGAGUCGGAUACCAUUCUCUCUGAUGGUACGCUGCUGCCGAAAGGUUGCCUAAUUGCUUGCGAUUCAUGGUCAUCUACGCGGGAUCCUGAUUUAUGGGAUGAUCCAGAGAAAUUCGAUGGCUUCAGGUUUGAGAAACUGCGAGAUAUUCCUGGGAAUGAAAGCAAGUAUCAAUUUGUCACAACCGGCCCAAGAAAUAUGGCAUUUGGUCACGGUGCACAUAGCUGCCCGGGAAGAUUCUUUGUGGCGAACGAAAUAAAGAUCCUAAUGGCAUAUAUCAUUAGAAAUUAUGAUAUUAAGUUGAAAGACGGGGAAGAAAGGCCAAAGAAUUUCUACAACAACAUUAUGAUUUUGCCGGAUCAUAAUGCGGAGCUUCUUUUUCGAUCCCGCGACCCGAAGUCCGUAUAGCAUGGUAAUUAGUUGUAUCAACACAUUUGUUCUAUGAUGGAUUUUCUGUGAUUUGAAAGGGAGCCCAGCGUAAACUUACUGCCAAUGAUGAGUCGGAGUAGAAGAAUGAGGGAGUGCGGGAGGAUAUAUAUCUAUAACACAAACUAAAGCAACCACAUCUCUUAUCCAGAGCCGUACUAAACAGAUAUUGAAAACGCUCUAUUUGUGCAUAUGCUCCAAAUGCUAAAGUAUGGAAGGUGCAUUGGAGGUCACACCAUAAGCUUGUAGAUACGAUGAACAUAAAGACCUUGUAAAUGGCACUUCUGCUUUCCAACACAUGCAGCAACAAGAGAAGUCUUUUCAAGUAAGAUUUAGGGAUUUAAUGCAGGUGUCCAAUGUAAUCUUAUCAUCUUGCGACGAUAUCAAUUAGGAAUAAAAAAAGCCUUGGAGAAGAAUGCGAUCAAGUGGUGCCACAUAGGUCUGGCAGUGUGAAAGC